AUGCAAGGCGGCGAAGAGGAUCUUUAUCUCGGUGAUGUUUUCACGGAACCUCCACGUCCGCCAACACCUCCGCCAACCUUUGCAACAUGCACUCGAAACGCCUUCCCCGAUCUCAAAAUCCGCCUGGUAGGAUCGCAUCCGUUAUGGGCUCAUCAUCUAUGGAAUGCAGCAUUAGCGUUUGCAUCAUAUAUAGAUUCAAAUCCAAAGAUAGCACGCGAUCGCUGCGUACUCGAACUCGGGGCUGGUGGAGGUCUCCCGGGACUCGUCGCAGCACAAAAUGGCGCCAAAAAAGUUGUACUGACAGAUUACCCGGAGGCGGUCCUCAUCGAUAACUUGGAAUUCAACGCGAGACAAAAUCUGUCUCCUGACGAGAAGGAUCAUGUUGAAACUCAGGGAUAUAUGUGGGGCCACCCUGCAGACAGCAUAAUGCGGGCACUCCCAAAGGAUGCCUCAACUGGAUUUCACUUAAUCAUAUUAUCAGACUUAAUCUUCAAUCACUCGCAGCAUGAUGCAUUGUUGAAAUCAUGCGAUAUGUGCUUAGCUUCUCGCUCCGCAAACGAUGAUACCUCAAGUGCACCAUGCGUGCUGGUUUUCUACUCCCAUCAUCGACCGCAUUUGGCAGAUCGGGAUCUUGGGUUUUUCCGCAAAGCUCAGGGUGCAGGCUGGGUUUGUGAGGAGAUAGUGACGCGCAAAUAUCCGCCCAUGUUCCCGGAAGAUCCAGGUGCAGAGGAAGUUCGUGCUACAGUACAUGGUUGGAGGAUGACCAGGGGGGAUACCGGCGAUUUUCCUCACUGA